AUGAGCGAUAUCGAAGUUGAAGAUGAGCAAAGUCCCAAUCCAAGAUUUUGGCUCGAAUUUCGCACAUUUGACGAUGGCCUUUCUUCACACUCCAGAUCACCAUCAACACUCACAGCGUUUCCUCAGUUCGCACAAUUCCCGCCUGAAUUACGCCUCCGAAUUUGGUCGUUCCUUGUCCAACCCCGCAUCGUCGUCGUAUGCUGUCUCCAGCGUGAUGAACGCCUAGACGAAAGACGCUAUGAGUUGAAUCAGCGGUCACGGGGUAGAUCAGUGCCUGUACUGUUACAUAUUAAUCGCGAAGCACGCUACAUGGCUCUGGAACAUUAUGAGCUUGCUUUCGGAUGGCGCAUUUCAAAGCUCCUCUCCGAUACACCAGUGUCUGCGCCGCCGCGCGUCUGGUUCAAUUUCAACCUCGAUUGCGUCUAUCUCGCCGGCGAGCUAGAAGCGUACGACAUCUACGGGUUCAACUCGGCCAUGGUAUACUUCCUACGCCGUGAGGACACGCACAGGGUUAAGCAUCUGGCAUGUGUUCUGUCCGAACUAGGCUACGCGGAACAGGAAAGUGACCAGGUAUUUGGGUGUCUGUGGCAUGUCGUCGACGGGUUUCCUGCUGCGAAGAAGGUGUUGCUGACGGUGGGUGAAGGGGACGGAGAGGCUUUGAAGGGUAGUAAGCUGAGGAGUACGGAUAAUGUGAUGCAGAAGAUCUGGAACGGGUUUCUGGGUGGAUCUGCAACUGAGACGAGUUCGAGGAUGGCGGACAAGUCAAUGAUAAUGAUUGAGGAGGACGAUCUACCAGAAGUUGUGGCCGGGCAUUGA